CAACAAAGGCCCUUCCCCGCCCCCGCCGCCGCCUCCCGCCGCCGCUGCAGCCGCCGCCACCGUCCUUGCGGCAGGAAGAUGCCCGGGGAGGUGCCGCCGCCGGCGCCCCGGGGGCUGCGGAGCCUCACGGUGCUGCUGCUGCUGCUGAGCGCCCGCGCCGCGCUGGCUCAGCGCUGGCGCAAUGAGAACUACGAGAGGCCCGUGGACCUGGAGGGCUCCGGGGACGAUGACCCCUUUGGGGACGAUGAACUGGAUGAUGUCUACUCAGGCUCUGGCUCAGGGUAUUUUGAGCAGGAGUCGGGGCUCGAGACGGCAGGCGGCCUCACCACGGACACGUCCAUCACGCUUCCCACCACGGCAGCCGUGCUGCCCAUCACCUCGGUGCAGCCCGUGGUGACGCCCUUCGAACCAUUCCCUGCUGAGGACACCACCCCCGAGCAGACAACCAGCGUCCUGUAUAUCCCUAGGGUGACAGAGACACCCGUGGUCCCCAGUUGGAAAGCAGCCACCACCAGUACCACUGCCAGCGACUCCCCUACCACUACGACCACCACUACGACCACCACGGCUGCCACCACCACCACCGUGGCCACCACCACCAGCACCACCGUGGCCACCGCCAAACCCACCACCAUCCGGAGGUUCCUGCCCCCCUUUGUCACCAAGGCAGCCACGACCCGAGCCACCACCCUGGAGACACCUACCACCUCCGUCCUCGAAACCAGCACAUCAACAGAGGUGGCCACGUUGCGGCUUGUCCCCACCAGCACAGCCAAGCCCAGGUCCCUGCCAAAGCCAAGCACCUCCAGGACUGCAGACCUCACAGAUAAAAGCACAGCUUUGCCAUCCAGUCCCGCCACGCUGCCGCCCACAGAAGCCCCCCAGAUGGAGCCGGGGGAGGUGACGACAGGCCUCGACAAUGAGCUGGAGGUCCCGGUCAGCAGCAGCCCCAGCGGGGACUUCGAGAUCCAGGAGGAGGAGGAGACCACUCGUCCCGAGCUGGGUAACGAGGUGAUGGCCGUGGUGACGCCACCGUCCGGCCCCGUGCUGGGCAAGAACCCGGAGCCGGGGCUGAUGGACAACACGAUAGACUCGGGUAACUCAGCCGCUCAGCUGCCCCAGAAAAACAUCCUGGAGAGGAAAGAAGUGUUGAUAGCGGUGAUCGUGGGCGGUGUGGUAGGAGCCCUGUUUGCCGCCUUCCUCGUCAUGCUGCUCAUCUACCGGAUGAAGAAGAAGGACGAGGGCAGUUACACGCUGGAGGAGCCCAAACAAGCCAACGUGACGUACCAGAAGCCUGACAAGCAGGAGGAGUUUUACGCGUAGAAGGAGAGCCGGCGUGCCUCGUGCUCCCUCCCUCCCCGCUCCAAACUCUCCCUCCUCCUCUACUUCAUCCAGUCUCCCUCUUUCUCUCUCUCUGUCUCUCUUUUUUGGAUCAGACUGUGAAUUUAAAAAGCAAAACCCGCAACAGCUAAAGGAGAAAACCCAUCUUGGGCAUGAUGAAAACACCGAGAGCCCAGCGCAUCGCUGAGUUCAGCCCGACCCCGCUGGCCUUGGUGCAGCGGGAGGGACGGGACGAGGAGCCAGUGCCGGGGAACCCGUGUCUGGGAGCGGCCGGGCAGGCUGGGACAGCGGCCGGAGGUCACCGGGCUUGUCCCACCAACACAACAGACUCUGGGAUCCGGACGCCUCCUGCCAGCCCUGGGGCGCAGGGGUGUUGGUUUGGAUUUAUCUUCUUUAUUUUAUUUUAUUUUUUUUUCCUUUGGAAAGGAGGGACGUUUCAUUCCCCUCUCUUGUUUUUAUUUUGCAUUUUCUUUUUUGGACGGGGUUGGCUGCUUUGCAGGAAUUACCUUGCUCUCUGCUUCUGUUUGAAGAGAGGAUGCGGCUUUCAGAUACACUUUGAACCUCGAAGAAAGCACAAGGGGCUGGAAUAGCUGAUGCCCCGGGCUUUGCUCUUGGAGUGGUGAAAAAACAAAUACACACAUACCUGGCCAAUACGCUGGAAAUGACCCCUUUACAUCGACUCUUCAGAGAGCUUGUGGAGCGGCAAGAAGCUGCAUCGGGGUAUCUCACGCUGCCGCCACCUCGCUUCACCGCAUCGCGGUUCACAGCCAGAGACCUGGAAUCUGCAGAACCCGCCUGUCGCCGCUCGCCGAGGGGUUUGGUGGAGAAGGGACUUUGCUUUUGCUGCGUUUUCACUGUGACCAAUAAAUCUCAGCUUGCGCAGUACGACCCAGAGCGCUGGUUGUGAAACGGAGCGGGACGCUGCGUGGGGGGAGCUGGAAAUGGAGGAGCUAAACCCUCUCCCAGUUCCUCCAGAGGGGAUAAAACAGCUCUGCAAGGCCUGAGACACGACAUAGGAAAAUAAAUGCAAAGCGGAGGUAAUACUCUGUCCCCUGGGGGGUCGGGCAGGGGUCCCCAAGGGCCACUCACCCCAGAGGUGAGGCAGAGCAGGGACUUUCCACCGCUCAGCCCCAGGGCAGCUUGGCUGCUCCGUGUCUUUUGCAAGACCCAGAGAUGACGAUUUGUGUUUCUUCUGUUGUUGCUUAAAUCCCAGUAUAACCCCCAGGGACCCCAGGAGCCCGAGAGCAAAAGCUCCUGGAAACCACUGUCACCCAGGUGUCCCCUCCGGGACCACUGAAGGUGCAGAGCAGCAGGGCCCGGCCCGGAGCCCAACCGCCCCUUCUAGAAAGGCAAGAUUUGUCUGGAGCAAGCUCUGCACAGAAAAGUCAAUUAGAUAUUGCAAUGAGUUGGCUUUUAAUUAGCUGAAGCGCUGUUUGUGCCGCAGUCAAGGAGCGCUGUUUUGAUGAUGGUCGCGAGCUUGAUGGUGCCCCAUGGAGACCGAGGCUUUGCUCUUAGAGCAAUUUAAACAGGAAAAUGGGAAAACCAUGGUUGCUUUGACUCUGUUGCAUCAUGAAUUAAUUAACCUGGACAGGCACAGUGACACUUUGUCCCCUGAGAGUGUCAGUGGAUAGAGGGAUUUAUGACCCUGAUGGAGGCUACAAGACAGAAGCGCUUCUUUGUGUUAGAAUUUGAGAGGCCAAAUGCAUAUUUUAUAUAUAUAUAUAUAUAUACUCGCAUACAUACAUAUAUAUAUAUAUAUGAACAGAAAUCCCUGUAAAUUUUCAUUGUACUGCGUAUGAUGGCUGGUGGACUUUGCGGUUGUGGAAAUGUGAGGUUUGGGGUGCAGGGACAGUGACCCGAAAUGCCGACCCGGCUUUACUGCCGGGCAGGGAGCGGAACCCCUGUGCGCAGCCCGGCUGUAGAAUCCCGGUUUAGAGACGUCAGCCUCCAAAUCAGCCUUGGUUUGGCUCUUUUAAUUCAGAGGAGAUGGUCCCGUUGGAUGUCUUGGGUGGUGAUGCUGAAAGGCAGAUGGGGGUGGGGGUGGGGUGGGGGUGGGGUGGUGUUUGCCCAUGUUUCGGGUCCAUCGUGGCUGUGGAAAAUGAGGAUGAUGAUGCUGCUGCUGUGAAGGGGAGACCACGUGUCCGAAGAAGGUUGGUGCCACCCUGGCUCCAAGAGCCACUUUCUCCAACCUGCUCCAAAAAGAGAGUUUUAACUCAUGGUUUUGAUGGGUUUGGGUCUUUUGGGACUACACAAAGGGCCUUGACUGUUGGGGAGUAGCAGAAAUUGAGCCUCUUCAUCAUUUAAUGAGUUGGGCACAUCAAGUAUCAAGGCCACCCAAAAAUCACCAUCUUUCAGAAAAACGUGGACUUAAUCUUUUGAGCUUGCAUUAAAAAAUACCCUCCCAGCUUAAUCUUUUAAAUGCUUCUUUUCUUAGCUGCUUCCCUAAUCUUCUUCAUUCUAUUUUUUUUUUUUUCCCCAUUAAUAGUCUGGAGUUCUAUAAUACAAUUUUUUAUUCACUCAAGCUUAACCUUGGUUCGCUCGGCUGGUGUUAAGUUGUAAUCCUGGCACUUAAAUCUGCUGCAGUUCCAGCAGUGAGGAAGGCUGAAGAGGAGGCUCGGCUUCCUCGGGCAGUCAUUGAAAGUACCAGAUGACCACAUGCGGAAACAAAAAAAAUAGGUGAAGGCAAUUAAACUGGCAAUCAGAAUUGACUAAAUGCUUAAUUCAUUGUAUGUUUGCUGCUUCCAGGCGCUCACCGUGUUGCUCUCUGCCUGGAGAGGGGAUGCGAGCUCAAGGAGACUGGCUCUUGGGUUUGGAGCCCAUCUUUUUUGGGGGAUAAAUCACGAUGGAGCCUUUCCUGUCACCUCAGCUCCCCGGAGCAUCGGGUUAGUUGUUGGAUGCUUGGGAGCAAUAAUAACCCAUCUUUUCUCAGCUGUUGAUUUGGCCAUGGAGCAGGUUUGUAGGAAACUCAAUUCUGAUGGGCUCUUGAGCAUCCCACCCACCAUCCCGUCCUGAGCUGCCCGACGGCGCACUGUCCCCUCCGCACGAAUCCGGCUCCUUCCCCGGCCCCUGCACAUCCCUUGCAGCCAUAUCACCCACGAGCAGCUGCCCCCAGCCGGGGCAGUGCCCAGAUGUGCUGCUCCAUCCAGCUGUGCGCCCCAAGGACCUGGGUGGCCCAUGUGGGCUUUUUAAUUUGCUUUUUCGUUUGCUUUGCCAUUUCUUUUCCAGAUUUUUGUGUGUGUGUGUGUAUGUGAUAGAUGCACUGAAGGAAGACUUUGCUGUGCCAGCCUGAUGAAUUUAGGAGAACUGCAAUCACCAGGUGUGGGAGAUGGUGCCAGUUCCUCUCCCAGCUGUGCUGGGUUUUGGUCUCUUGUUCCUGGGAUUUGUGGCAGCCAAUGUCUUGAAGGAGAAUGGGAAAGUAAUCGGUGACUCCUGGGCCAUAUAUAAGUAAGGAGGAGGCAGCAGGAGGGGCUUGGAGGGAAGGGAGGACCAGAAAAUGUGUGUGAGAGCCCAAAUGGGGCAGGGGGUGGGCUGGAAGGGGGAACGGGAUGGAAUUGAACCCAGCCCCGGACAAGUUUUGCAGGGCUGGGAGUUGCCCCUUUCUUCCAAAAAUCUCUUUGAUUUUGGACCUUUCAAAAAGCAGCAGCAGGACUCUGCACCAGGGAGGUCUCCCAGUGAUAGCACUGGGCUGGAUGUGUGCUGUUGAGUGCUGGUUUGCCUCUAAAUUUCCCAUUCCUUCCCCAUUUUGCCUGUUGGGUGCUGAAGGUCCCCGUGCAAGAGCUGCUUUGCUCCACAUGAGCCUCAGCUCCUGCUCCCCAUCCUCACCAUUCAGAGCUCUCUGACCCCUGCCAUGAGUCACCCACGCGGAGGCUUUAAUAGGUGCAAAACCAUUAGCUAAAAUCAAGAAUGGAUUUUUAAAUUAUCACCCUUUUUAUGAUGCUCAGCGUUUCUGGGCUCCAAGGUUUCCACGAGGCUCCAGCAGCUCCUAAAGUGACAUUGAAUUUGCAGCACUGAAAGGCUGAUGAGAAUCAGCGGCGUCUCGUCAGCUGCUCGGCCGGGCUGGUGGCUGCCGUGACAGGGCCGCGUGUGGCGUCUGUAUGUAUAUAUAUGUGUAUGUAAUUAAUAUAUAUGUAUAUAUGUAUAUACGCGUGUGUACAAAGCCCACGCGCGUGCACAGGCUCAAUGCAAACCCUGUGAAUGAGGAGGAGGGGGGUUUAUCAGCUGGUGCCGUGCUGGACUCCGCAGCCCUCAGCCCCAUCCUCUGCUGCAGGAUUUGUCCCUGCGCUGCCAGCUCUGUCUGUCCCAGCAAAGGCCCGAUCGCGGCCGCUGGGUCAGGGUCCACCAGGGCUGGGAUAAAGGGCAUUUUGCCGCAUCCCCCGGCAGAGCCAAAGCGCAGCCCGGGCUGCUGGCAAAGCAGCUGAAGCCCCGCAUUUCCGCCAGUUUAACCCCAUACCUUGUGCCUGCGGCUCCACGGACGCACCCCCCUGGUCUCUGUAGAGAAGUCCCAGGCUGGAGUGGACCUUUCUUUUAUUAUUUUUUUUAAACUUAGUUUUAUUUUGGGGCAAAGCCGCCCCCAGAGCUGCCCGUGCCAUGCCCAGAGCUUGGUUCUCUCCCCCACCUUCCCCACUGCUCAUCCGCCGCAUCUCCAGAGACCCCGAGGGUAGCAGAGACUCCAAGUGCAUAAGCCACCCCUGUGCUGGGUCCCCUGGUCUAAGUCAUAAAUUACAGCUGACAAUCAAACCAGACAGAACUGCUGACUGCAGACAAUGAUAUAUCCAUCGCAGUUCGAUAGAACUGCUUUUUAAAAACCACGCGCUUCUCUCUCACUAACGCUCGCCGCCAUUGCUCCAGGAUGAACCGCCACCCAUUGGUUCUCGUGUAAAUAAACGUGAAACAUUCUUGUAUAAAUUAAAAAAAAAAAAAAGAAAAAAAAUCCAUUGAUAUAUGUUAAAAAAAAAAAUAAAUAUCCCUUUCCAGAAGACUUAAAUAAUUCAAAGAAAAAGAAAAACCCAACAACAAGUGAGCCCCACUUUGCUUUUUCUAUGGAGUUGACGUAAAUUCCCGAUAGGAGAAUGGAAAAGUCUUUAAGAAUACAAAAAACUACAAGUGUUUCACCUUUCAGUGAACAUGGGAGGGGAAAAAAAUGCAUGUAAAUAUUUUUAAUAGGAAACAUAUCUUAAACAGAAGUUUUUUUUGUAUGUACAUAACUCUUUUAGAGUUUAGUACUUAAAUUGCUUCAUAGUGUCUGUUAAAAAAACAAAAACAAAAUAAAAUGUUUGUUAAUUGUUUUUGUUCUUACUCAAUGGCCAAAACUUUAAAAAUAAUUAAAAAAGACUAUAAAAAUAACCUUUGCCAAUGGAUCUAGCACUGUAAUGGUACUGUCUAUUUUUUUUAAUUAUUUCUGUGCUGUGCCCAUUUAUAAAAGGAGAAAGAAGAAAUAAAGUCAUUUAAACCUUG